GAGAACGCUACGGAGCACACACCCACUCAUCACAUGCUGCAGCCCCCCCAGGCCGUCUUCCCAGCAUGCAUCUGUGCUGCCGUCUUACCCAUAGUGCACCUGAUGGAGGACGGGGAGGUGCGAGAGGACGGUGUGGCAGUGAGUGCAGUGGCCCAGCAGAUCCUGUGGAACUGUCUGAUCGAAGACCCCGCCCUGGUGCUCAGGCACUUCCUGGAGAAGCUCACCGUUAGCAAUCGACAGGAUGAGCUGAUGUACAUGCUGAGGAAGCUGUUGAUGAACAUCGGUGACCUCCCGGCCCAGACCUCUCACAUCCUCUUCAACUACCUGGUGGGGCUGAUUAUGUACUUUGUGCGUACUCCGUGUGAGUGGGGUAUGGAUGCCAUCUCGGCCACGCUGACCUUCCUGUGGGAGGUGGUGGGCUACGUGGAGGGGCUCUUCUUCAAGGACCUCAAACAGACCAUGAAGAAGGAGCAGUGUGAGGUCAAGCUGCUGGUCACUGCAUCCAUGCCAGGAACCAAGACCCUGGUAGUGCACGGGCAGAACGAGUGUGACAUUCCUACCCAGUUGCCUGUACAUGAAGACACUCAGUUUGAAGCCUUGCUCAAGGAGUGUUUGGAGUUCUUCAACAUUCCCGAGUCUCGGUCAGCACACUACUUCCUCAUGGACAAGCGRUGGAACCUCAUUCACUAUGCCAAGACCUUUGUGAGGGACAUCUAUCCGUUCAGGAGGUCUGUGUCUCCCCAGCUCAACCUGGUCCACAUGCUGCCAGAGAAAGGACAGGAACUCAUUCAGAAACAGGCAAGGAGCUCUUCGGCCUGGACACUCUCCACAAAGUCCUGUGGAUCAAACUACUAGAAGAGAUGUUUCUGGGCAUGCCCAGUGAGUACCCMUGGGGGGACGAGAUCAUGCUCUUCCUGAACGUGUUCAACGGCGCCCUGCUGCUGCACCCCGAGGACAGCGCCCUCCUCAGGCAGUACACYGCUACUGCCAUCAACACGGCCGUCCACUUCAACCACCUGUUCUCCCUGAGUGGAUACCAGUGGCUCCUCCCCACCAUGUUGCAUGACUAUGAGAGUAACCCACUGCUGAGACAGGGAUAGAGUUCUGCGUCAGACAGUUCUACAUCCUGCACCGUAAACCCUUCAUCCUCCAGCUGUUUGCCAGCGUGGCUCCACUGCUGGAGUUCACAACGUGCACCAGUACAGGCCUGUCUAAGGGGGUGUCUGCUCAGUGCCUGUUUGACCUGCUGGUCUCUCUGGAGGAGAGACGCGUGAUACCCUGGAUGCCCUGGAGCUGGUCAAGGCUGAAAAACCCCUCCGAU